AUGGACAACCUGAGUGACAAAAGCCUCCCUUUUGUUAACAUUUCUAUUGAUGAUGGUUACGGUCAGCUAUGGCCAACACAGCGGGUGUUGGAAGUCAAAGAGCAUAAAAGGUGAGAGACUGUAGCAUUGGGAAAGAGAGUUAAUUCAAAAAGAGAUUUUGAAGGGAUGCUGAAAGUUUACAGAAAUUUUCCCUUAGGAGUCGUAAAAAAUUCUCCUUUAAAGACCGCAGGAAGAAACAGGACCUCAUCAAAAUCUAAACUGAGGCUUACUUCUAAGACAAAUUCCUUUACUCGAAAGAAGCAGGAAAUAUCGCUAUUUUACCCUAAAAAGAGUACUUUUGACAAAUACGAGUCCAUCAAGAUCAUAAAAUAAGCCUAAAAAGAAAUCUCCAAAACUGGAUAAAUUGAUAUUUAAAGAGAGGCGAACUACUCGGCAACUCCAGAAGCGAACACUUAAUGCCCAAAGAGUAUUUGGAAAGUACAGCAUGGGUUAUAAUAUCAAGAAAAUUCUGAAGAAACCUCCCUCUCCAACCCUAGGCAAUAAGCUAAAAUCUCCUUACCUUCAUUCAGGUGGAUUAAAGGAGUUCUUCAGAGUUAGGAAUCCUAGCAAGAGAGAUAUGGCUAAGUGUACUACUUCGCAUGACCGGUCUCGGUCCAUGAAGUACUUUAUCAAGCAGAUUCAGGCCCCUCAGAACCUUAAGAAGUAG